UGUCAUUUGUCAUUCCAUCCGUCAACUAUUUGAGUAUUUGACAGAUGAGUUGAAUUUUAAGAAAGAAGCAAAUCACGCUAGUUCAAAACUCCAAAACUAAAUUUUUAAAAUCGAAUUUAAACAGUCAAUAUGAGUUCAAUAGGAACUGGGUAUGACUUGUCGGCUUCGCAAUUCUCACCUGACGGAAGAGUCUUCCAAGUCGAAUACGCCAUGAAAGCCGUAGAAAACAGUGGGACCAUCAUUGGCCUCAAGGGCACCGACGGAAUCGUCCUGGCAGCCGAGAAGCUCAUCAUGUCUAAACUGCAUGAACCGGGAACGAACAGGAGAAUCUUCAAUAUCGAUAGACAUAUUGGAAUGGCGUUCUCCGGCCUGAUAGCGGACGCUCGGCAGAUCGUCGAAAUCGCUAGGAAAGAGGCAGCUAAUUAUAGGCUCCAGUACGGCAUUAACAUACCUCUGAAGUACUUGAACGACAGAGUGAGUAUGUACAUGCAUGCAUAUACCUUGUACAGUGCCGUUCGGCCUUACGGAUGCAGCGUUAUAUUAGCUAGUUACGAUGAGGAUGAGCCUCAGAUGUACCUAAUUGAUCCAUCAGGAGUUAGCUAUGGGUUUCACGGCUGCGCAACAGGAAAAGCGAAACAGUCCGCUAAAACCGAAAUAGAGAAGCUCAAACUAGGCAAUUUGACAUGUAAAGAAUUGGUGAAAGAAGCAGCAAAAAUAAUAUACAUGGUCCAUGACGAACUCAAAGACAAAAACUUUGAAAUGGAGCUUUCUUGGAUUUGUAAAGAAAGCAAUGGGUUACACGUGAAAGUUCCUGAAUCCGUAUAUUUGGAGGCAGAACGGGCCGCCAAGCAAGCCAUGGAAGCUGAUUCGGAAUCGGAUAACGAGGACAUGUGAGGCUUUGUCAGUUAGUAUUAAGAUUAUGGUUUAGUUGUAAGAUGUCUUGGCUAAAUCUUUUUUCAAUAAAAGUUUUUCUUUAUCCAAA